AGCACUGUCUAGCUUCUUUCAUAUGCAAAACACUUGUCUGAAGCAGUGAUCAAACAGCAAAUACUGCUAUCAGAAAUUGCUAGCAAGCAGCAUGACACCAGGUUCUACUUCUUACCAUUUCUUUGUCUUUUUCUCUGACAGGCAUGAAUGUAAAAGGAAACCCUUGUAGAGGAGGAAAUGUUGCAGCAUAAAACAUUCUGGAUGUUCAGUGACGAUGGCCAGGAGGAAAGAGCUGAAUUAUUUUAUUCUGAUUACUAUGCUUUUCAGUCUCACAGUCUUGUUUGUAUUCCACAAAAGGGAAUUUAGUCAUAAAAAGGUCUUAAGUUGGAAGUACCAGACUGCAGAUGCACAAAUCUUAACAAAAGCUUGCAGGGCACUUGUAAACAACAGCCGUUCAGUUUUUCUAUGGAAGAACACACUGGCUAUGUCACCUAUGAAUUCGUCUUGUGAGGACUAUAUCAACAAAAAUCACUAUAUCACAAAACCUUUGUCUGAAGAGGAAGCAGAAUUCCCAAUUGCAUAUAUAAUGACUCUUCACAAAGAAUUUGAGACGUUUGAAAGGGUUUUGAGAACAGUAUAUGCACCACAGAAUGUGUAUUGUAUUCACAUUGAUGCCAAGGCAACUAAUGAUUAUGUGAGAGCUGUACAGAAACUAGAGAAAUGCUUUCCCAACGUUUUCAUUGCCUCUAGAAUGGAGCCAGUAAUUUAUGCCGGCAUAUCUAGGCUUCAGGCUGAUUUGCACUGCAUGAAAGAUUUAAUGACACCACAGUGGCAGUGGAAGUACGCUAUCAAUAUGUGUGGACAGGAUUUUCCUAUGAAAACAAAUAAAGAAAUAGUGCACCAUUUAAAACAAUUCAAAGGAAAAAAUAUUACCCCUGGUACUAAACCACCCCAACAUGCAGUACACAGGACUAAAUACAGCUACAGAGAAUACAUGGAUAACAACCACGCCUUUGUACAUGGCACUAAAAAACUCAAAAAGCCACCUCCACAUAAUAUAACUAUUUUCUUUGGAUCGGCCUAUUAUGCUGUCAGCAGGGGAUUUGGUCACUUUGUUCUUACAGAUAAAAGAGCUAUUGACCUUCUGGGGUGGUCCUGGGACACUUACAGUCCAGAUGAGCAUUACUGGGUCACACUGAACAGACUGUCAGAUGCCCCCGGGGCAAUGCCAGAUGCAACAUGGGAAGGAGACCUAAGGUGCAUAAAGUGGCUUGAUCAAUUUGGAGAAAAAGGCUGUCAUGGUCACUAUGUGAGAGACAUCUGUAUAUAUGGACAAGGGGACCUGCCAUGGUUGCUUCAGAAUACAUGUGUUUUUGCAAAUAAAUUUGAGUUGCAUUCCUAUCCUCCAACACUGGAAUGCCUUGAACUUAUCUUAAGAGAGAGAACACUAAGCCAGAGUGAGACAGAAAUAGAUCCAAGCUGGUAUUUGUGAGAGAUUUUUAACUGUUGUCUUUUUCAAAGCAUGAAAGAAACCGGAAGAAAAAAAAAUAGUUUCCUAUGGACAGUAAUCCUCUGUGGGCUCUUGCACUGAAGAUAAACAUUUUCUCUACCAUUAUGACAUUUAAAGUUAUGACUCUGUGUUUUUACAACACAUUUACUUGUCUCUCAUAAUUAUACUCUAAAGAAAAUUUUACAUAACUGGAAACCUGGAGUAUUCUUCACUACAUUUAUGUUUAUUGCAGGUGUGUGUGUUUCAGUUAAAGAAUAAUUUGUUGUUGUAAAGGAUUUAAAGCUGCAGCCAAGUUAGACUAUAGAGAUAUAGUCUUCUUGAAUCCAGUACAUGAGAUUUAACACAAAAUGUGUACUUUUGGACUACUAUACAGGGUUCUUUGAUAUUUUUUCGGAAAGACAUUGCUUCUUUAUUCAGCAAUAGAUUUUCAGGGCAAUUAUAGCUUUUUUAGAAAGAAAAAAAUUGGACAGAUUGGAAAAUGCUGGUUAAUGGGGCAAGAUCCAGAAAAGAGUGACAAGACAGUAAUUUAGCAUCAGAGAGGUUACCCAGAAGGUGGAGUGUUGCCUUACACAUUACUUUCUGUAUGUUAGUUGUACUGGAAACAACAGUAAGGGUAAAAUGCAAGCUUUGUGGCUAAUGAAUGCUAAGCAAGACAGAGGGUUCGAUAGCAACAUUUGCAGAAACUAUAGUAGUACUAAUUUAGAGUUUUGCAGCUUGGCUUUAAUACUGAGCGAUGCAAAGCUAUGUAUGCUAAUUUCAAGAUAAGGAAAACAAAACACAGCUUAGGUGAUAUCCUGAUAUUUGUGAUUGAGAAAAAGAAACAAUUGGGAGUAUUUGAUGCAACUUAGGAUAUCACAAAGAGCUAUGUGUUAGCUCCAAGGGGCAAAGGGAUAAAGCCCUGACUGUAAGCCGAGCAACCCAGGAUCCACUAAUGACAGAAGCAUGGCAGGCGCACCUCUCAAUUUCUUAGCACAAGAAAUCUGGCAAAAUCAAAAAUAAUAGGGAGAAAAAGCCCUAAA